UCCCCGUUUAUCUCUCCACCCACUGUUCGAAUCUCGUCCCCUCCUUAAACUGAAAGCGAACAGAUACACAGUGAAAUUUUCAGCCCAACGAGGGCAUAAAUAAGGCAGUAGUGGAUCAUGAAAAUGAACAGAAGAUCUCGCUGCUCAGGGUUUCUGUCGCAACAAAAUUGAGCCUCAUGUCGGAGAAGGAAGACCCUCAUUACUAUCAUUCCAAACACCAGGAGAAACCCUUAGGGCAGUACCCCAAAUAUUUCUCCCGCCGUCGCAAAUUCCAUGGCAAUUUCUUCUACAGUUGCUUCGUCUUGGGAUUUCAGAUCCUGAUGCUCUUUGCCAUAGCCAUUGUUAUUGCUGGAAUUACUUUCUACGCCGUCUUCAAGCCCAAGAUGCCCAAGUAUUCGGUCGAGAAUUUUCAGAUCACGAGCUUUGUCGUCGGCAUAGAUGGCACCGUUUCGUCGCAAUUUGUGGUAGGGGUGAGGACGACGAAUCCGAACAAAAAGAUCGGCAUUUAUUACCUUGAUGACAGCUAUAUUGGGGUUUUCUACAGCGGCACACAGCUCUCCAGGGGAAAAUUUCCUGCGUUUUACCAGGACCAUGAAACUAUCACUACCUUAACUGUUUUUCUCUCCGGAUCUGAUGUACAGCUCAACAAAAAACAAAUUACGUUGCUGAAUAGACAUCGGGUGGAUGGAAGCAUUCCUCUGCAUUUUAAGGUGGAUUUGCCCGUGAAAUUCAAGGUUGGGAAACUGAAAACCCCAAAGUAUACUUUCCAUGUGCGCUGCGAUCUGGUUCUGGGAGGGUUAAAUUCCAGGACCGGUGUCAAUAUUGGUAAAAGAAAAUGCAAGGUGAAGCUUUGAGGAGGCUGAAUCGAUCUGUAGGUCAUUUGCUUCUGUUUUUCAAAUUUUUUCUUCCUCUGUAAGAUUUUCUGUACAGAAUCGAUUUGUAUAGCACGGUAUUGUAUAGUUUAUUUAUGCUGCCCCUGUUACAUUUUCUGUACAGUGAGGGAACAUAUAUUGAUAACUUUUUUAUUCUUUCUAAA